CGCGGUGACGCGGAUUAUUGUUUGUUAUCGUGGCGGGAUUCGACUUGCACAAAUCGCUUUUGUAAGGUAUGUAUUUUUCAUUGUUUCUGUAUUAAUUUGGAGUUAUAUUUUUCAGAGGAUCCCGAGGGAAGUUUUCAAUUUGCCUCCAAAUGUUUUCUGUCCUUUUGAAAGCAUGUUCGAUUGUCAUGUUUUUCCUCGUCGCUGGUCACCCGUCAGGUUUUCGCUUUCCACCUGUCGACCAAUCAGCUCCUCCGUGUCUCGUCCAGGUGUGCCUCGUCGUGUCAUCACUUCGGCGUCACUUGGCGAUCGGCCGAAGGAAUUUUUUUGUCUCCGGCAGUCGGUUCUACUCUGGUGCGACGUUCGGAACGAAGAACGAGACGUUUCUGUUCAUAGGAACUAUUAUUUCUUAAGGACGUCACCAUUUUCACGGCGCCAUAUUGCCGGUCAAAAAGAACUGCUCAACAGUGCGCCGGGCGAGAAAAUAUCGAUGGGUUUCGGCAAUUAAACGUGAUGGGUGGCGCCCGACCGAAUGCGCACGACUGCGUAGCGAUGGCUUCACUUCAGGUGGAGAUGACAUGAACGCGUUGGAGAGGAAAAAAGGGAAGGACCUACGAGGUCAGCAAGUGUUGCUGCGUCCGGAGGAGAGUUCCGCUCCGAGCCUCACGAGCAGGCAGUCCGCCGCGUUUCCCGAACAAGUCCAGGAUGCUUUGCUGCAGCUGGCGGCCGUCGUCGACGUGCGCUCGCUGCGGGCGGCCCUCCGAGACGGCGCACGGACGCUGUUGCCUGACGCGGAGUGCGUAUGCGCGUACACGCUGGAGGGAAACUCGAGGCUGCUGUCGGACGAUCCGCCGCAUGAGCUGCCGCAGGAGGGCAAGAUCAGGAGCGCCGUUGAGCAGCUGAAGCGAUGUCAGUGCGCCGGCUUCCCCUCGUCGGAGCUGCCCGAGAAAUACAAAACGUGUCUCGCGGCGCCGCUCAAGGCACACCAAAGAGCUGUUGUUAUUCCGAUCUCGGACCAGGAGCGGGCCAAGGUCGUCGCAGUCCUGCUGGUGGGCUGUAGUCCUCUCUCUGAUCAGGAUGAAGCGCAUCUCGGCAUGCUGGAAAAACACGCCUCGGUGGCGUGCGUACGUGUCCGGCUCGUUCAGGCGUCCUCCCAGCGGCCCCCCCUCAGCCCCUCGCCCGUUCAGUCCCACAAUGCGCUGCUGCACCUCAACGUCUCCGACCAGGACUACAGCGAGCUGGACCGCAACAUCCUCCAACUUUGUGGUGAGCUUUAUGACCUUGAUGCAGCCUCUCUCCAGCUCAAAGUCAUCAAUUAUCUGCAGCAGCAGACCCAGUCGCAGUGUUGUUGUCUGCUGUUAGUGUCCGAGGACAACCACCAGCUUUUCUGCCAGGUCGUUGGGGACAAAGUCCUGGAGGAGGAGAUCAGUUUCUCGCUGAUGUUUGGACGUUUCGGCCAGGUUGUCGAGAAGAAGAAGUCGAUUACCCUGCAGGACAUCAGCGCCGAGGAGCGCCGGCAGCUGUCCAGCAUGCUGGGCUGCGAGAUCUCCUCCAUGUUGUGCGUCCCGGUCGCGAGCAGGGCCACGGGCCAAGUGGUGGCCCUGGCGUGCGCUUUCAACAAGCUGGGCGGACGGAGACACACCGAGGCGGACGAACACGCCAUCCAGCACUGUUUCUGCUACACUUCGACGGUCCUCACUUCGACUUUGGCCUUCCAGAAGGAACAGAAACUGAAAGUGGAGUGCCAGGCGCUCUUGCAAGUGGCCAAGAACCUCUUCACGCACUUGGAUGACGUGUCAGUCCUCUUACAGGAAAUUAUAGUGGAGGCCAGGAACCUCAGCGGCGCAGAGAUCUGCUCGGUGUUCCUGCUGGAUCGCCACAGCCACGAGCUGGUGGCCAAGGUGUUUGACGGGGGCGUGGUUAGCGAUGAGGAGAAGGAAUUCCGCAUCCCAGCAGAUCAGGGCAUCGCGGGCCACGUGGCGACCACGGGUCAGAUCCUGAACAUUAAGGACGCCUACUCCCACCCUCUUUUUUACCGCGGCGUGGACGACAGCACCGGGUUCAGGACUCGCAACAUCCUCUGCUUCCCCAUCAAAGAUGAGACCAACGAGGUGAUCGGGGUUGCCGAGUUGGUGAAUAAAAUGAACGGGCCGUGGUUCAACCGCUUCGAUGAGGAUCUGGCCACGGCUUUUUCCAUCUACUGCGGCAUCAGCAUUGCCCACUCAUUGCUCUACAAGAAGGUCCACGAAGCCCAGUUCCGAUCUCACCUGGCCAAUGAAAUGAUGAAGUACCACAUGAAGCUUUCGGAGGACGAGGUGUCGAAACUGCUGGUCGUCGGGAUUGAGCCGGUGAAGAAGAUCCACCCGUGCUUUGCCGAGUUCACCUACACGCCGCGCUCGCUCCCCGAUGACACCACGCCGAUGUGUGUCCUCAGCAUGUUUGAAGACAUGGGUUUCAUCAACAUGUACAAGAUCGACCGCCAGACUCUCGCCAGGUUUUGUUUGAUGGUCAAGAAAGGCUACCGGGAUCCGCCCUACCACAAUUGGAUGCACGCGUUCUCUGUCUCCCACUUCUGCUACCUGCUGUACAAAAACCUUGGACUGUCCAACUACCUCGAGGAGAUAGAGAUUCUCGCUCUCUUUGUUUCCUGUCUGUGCCAUGAUCUGGACCAUCGCGGGACCAACAAUUCUUUCCAAGUGGCCUCGCAAUCUGUGCUGGCCGCUCUCUACAGCUCAGAGGGAUCCGUGAUGGAGCGACAUCAUUUUGCCCAGGCCAUCGCCAUUCUGAACACUCAAGGCUGCAACAUUUUCGAGAAGUUCUCCAGAAAGGAUUACCAGCGCAUGCUCGAUUUGAUGAGGGAGAUCAUUCUAGCGACGGACCUUGCUCAUCACCUCCGCAUAUUCAAGGACUUACAGAAGAUGGCUGACGAUGGCUACGACCCAAAAAGCAGCACCCACCGCUCCAUGCUGCUGUGCCUGCUGAUGACGUCGUGUGACCUGUCGGACCAAACCAAGGGCUGGAAGACCACUCGCAAGAUUGCGGAACUUAUCUACAAAGAGUUCUUCUCUCAAGGAGAUCUGGAGAAAGCCAUGGGAAACCGACCCAGCGAGAUGAUGGACAGGGAGAAGGCCUACAUCCCAGAACUCCAGAUCAGCUUCAUGGAGCAUAUCGCCAUGCCCAUUUACAAGCUGCUGUCCGAACUCUUCCCCGGGGCCACGGAGCUCUACGAGAGAGUGGCGGCCAACCGGGAGCAGUGGACCAAAGUGUCCCACAAGUUCACCAUCCGGGGGUUGCCGAGCAACAACAGUCUGGACUUCCUGGACCAGGAAUACGAGCUGCUGCAGUCCCAGGGCGCUUUCGGGAGCGACCACCUCUGCCUUAACGGCUGCCUUGACGAUUGCGAGGGGGGGCACGGCCAGUGACGCCGACGGCCCGUUCUUCGAGGGGCGUGAAGAUUAUUAUAAUUUUUUUUCGCAGUCCCUUCGAGAGGCUUAAGGACAACCUUUUGGCGACCGAAGAGGGCGGGGUCCCGUCGCUAUUUGACGCCGAGAAAGACCGAUUUCAAACAGACCCGACGAGACAACUGAUGGAAGCCGUUUUGGCGACGUUGCUCGUCCGUCCCGUCCAGAAGGCGGCGCAGUUAGAGCGGAACGCGGCGAUUCACGAGUUCAUGCGUGCAGUAUCCGUCGUGAUUAAGAUUGUACAAAUACAUUGUCACACUUGAACGUCUUUACAGAAACCUUCGGGGGGGGGGGGCGAUACGACGAUAUAAAGUGGUUAUCGUUUUUCGAAUAGCCGCGCAAUGUUCACGCACAAGCAGCUGCCAUCGACUUAAAGGGGAAAUCCAGCGGUUUGCAUUAACAAUGCAUCGUGUAAUACGUACCCUAUUUUGACAAUUUGAUGCUAAAUCCUCUCUCAUUUAUUCGUGUUUUGAGAAGAUAUCGACAAUUACGACUUUUCAGUGGCGCCGCCAUUUUCGCGAGUCACAUGACGCACGUGCGCGGAUGUGACGUGUAAGGUGCCGCACCAAAGGCUCGAUUACAUUGUCCCCAGCGCUGAAUUCUCGGAUUUAUCCUCAUCUGAUGAAGAAAUAGCUGUAUUGGUUGAUCGGCGAUCAGGGGGUGGAACAAAGCGGCGGAGCCGUGAGCUCGCCCUGCCAAGUGGCGGAGCCGUUAGCUCGUUCCCCGUUGAGCCAGGAGCUCGCGUCAGACUCCGUGUCAUUCCGCCUGAAGAACCACCCAAAUAUUCAACAUUAUCUACAGCUCAGCAGCAUUAUUGUUUCCCACUCGGUGGCAUUAUUUACAGCCACAGGUUCAAAUCUGUAUGGAAGUAUUCCUCCGUCUUCCCAAUCAACCGAGCGGCGGAGAACCGCUCACGACUGUGUACGGAAGUAUUCCUCCUUCUUAACGAGCAACCGAGCGGCGGAGAGCCGCUCACGGCUGUGCCGCUAACGGAUGUGUGUGGAAGUAUUCUUCCGUCUUCCCGAUCAACCGAGCGGCAGAGAGCCGCUCGCGGCUGUGUACGGAAGUAUUCCUCCGUCUUCCUGAUCAACCGAGCGGCGGAGAGACGCUCACGGCCGUGCCGCUCAUGGCCGUGUACGGAAGUAUUCCUCCGUCUUCCCGAUCAACCGAGCGGCGGAGAACUGCUCACGGCUGUGUACGGAAGUAUUCCUCCGUCUUCCCGAUCAACCGAGCGGCGGAGAGCCACUCAUGGCCGUGCUGCUCAUGGCCGUGUACGGAAGUAUUCCUCCGUCUUCCUGAUCAACCGAGCGGCGGAGAGACGCUCACGGCCGUGCCGCUCAUGGCUGUGUACGGAAGUAUUCCUCCGUCUUCCCGAUCAACCGAGCGGCGGAGAACUGCUGACGGCUGUGUACGAAAGUAUUCGUCCGUCUUCCCGAUCAACCGAGCGGCUGUGUACGGAAGUAUUCCUCCGUCUUCUCGGUCAACCGAGCGGCGUAGAGCCACUCAUGGCCGUGCUGCUCACGGCCGUGUACGGAAGUAUUCCUCCGUCUUCCUGAUCAACCGAGCGGCAGAGAGCCGGUCACGGCUGUGCCGCUCACGGAUAUGUAUGGAAGUAUUCCUCCGUCGUCCCGAUCAACCGAUACUGCUUUUUCUUCAUCAGGUGAGGAUAAAUCCGAGAAAUCGGCGCUGGGCAUAAACGGUGUCCCGUGUAAUCUAGCCUUUGUUGCGGCACGGUACACGUCACAUCCGCGCACGGAGGUGAUGUGACUCGCGAAAAUGGCGGCGCACCCAAAAAUUUGUCAUUGUUGAUAAAAAUAUUUUCCAAAAUCUAUUAAAUGAGAGAGGAUUUAACAUCAAAUUAUCAAAAUAGAGUACAUAUUCCAUGACCCAUUGGAUAAAUUCUUAAUGCAAACCACCGGAUUCCCCCUUUGAGAAUGCUUGUGAUGUCGUGUUCCACUUUUACAUCGCUAUUAAUUUACCCGGAACAAAAAAAAAAAAAAAAAAAAAAAAGCCACCCGUGUUUCGGUGGCAAUCAGAAUAUUUUUGUAUACAAUAAUUCAAAUUAUGCAUUACCACAAACGUCCACAAGGGCGAUUUCCUUUGCGUUGUGACGAAACAAAUUUGACAAUCACUCCUCCACGACAGUCACAUUUAGAAAAUUCAAAAAAAAUUUCAAAGACACACUAGAACUUGUUUGGACCACUCAGCUGUCACAGAACCACUCGAGACGAAGAAAGUGAAGCCCUUUAAAACGAUCCAUCCCACUUGUGUAAAUGAGCCAUAGUCGAGCGUGCUCUCUUGAGUGUGUCAUAUGGAUCUGCCUUAUCGUGCAUCUUUGCUGCCUUUCUUAGAGCUUUUAAUAGAUACCGACGGAAAAUUAAAAAAAACUAACAAAAAAAAAAACAACAACCCUCUUUAUUAUUGUGAAUUUGUUACAGACGUAGUAGAUGGCUCGAUUUUAAGCGCGUUGACGGAAGGGCCGCCACGCUCAAAUGUAUAUUUGUGAAAUAACGUUUGUAAAAACCUCGGUUCUUGUGUCAUUUCACCCGUUUUGGUUUUUUUUUUUUUUGGGGGGGGGGGGGGUGUAAAGCCGCCGUCCGGCGAUUGCGGCUGGCGAAGUGUUUGUUGCCGGGACGGAAAAAGGAAUCAGAGAUGUAGCCAUUAAUGAAAUUAUUCCCAAAGGAAAAGUUUGAAAGCUUUUUUUUUUUUUUGUGCGUGUGUGUGUGUUUUUGUUUUCGCAGCUCUCGGACUGUGCCUCAUUUCGAAACGUUCGGCAGUUCUCGCUAAGCGUUGCGCCGCUUUUACCUUGCUUUGGAUGGGAAAUGCUGCGGCUUUUUGCCGAGCCGACCGCUGAGGAGUUACACAACGGAAACUGUUUGGGAUGGAGAACGCGGUGUGUAGGCUGCCUGUGCGUUUGCGUGGAUGCGAGAGGGUUCACGACCGGUUGAGUGCAUAAAAAGUGUGGCUGUGUGGGACGCUGGAAAAGAGAGAUUUCCAAUUAAGCGACUGCAGUCUCUUUUUUUUUUUUUUUUUUGUCUUAUUUGAAACGACAUUGCUGCAGUGAAGAAAACAAGUAUUUGAACCCACUGCUAUAUUGCAAGUUCUCCCACUUGGAAUUCGUGGAGGGGGUCGGAAAUUUUCAUCGUAGGGGCAUGUCCAUUGUCAGAGAGAGAAUCUAAAAAGAAAAAUCCAGAAAUCACAAUGUAUGGUUUUUUUUAAAACGAUUUAUUUGUGUGAUACAGCUGCAAAUAAGUAUUUGAACACCUCUCUAUCAGCUAGAAUUCUGACCUGUUAGUCCGCCUUUAAAAGUCCACCUCCAGUCCAUGUGUUAUCCUGAAUCGGGUCCACCUGUGUGAGGUCCUUAGCUGCAUAAAGACACCCGUCCACCCCAUACGAUCAGUAAGACUCGAACUUGUAACAUGGCCGAGACCAAAGAGCUGUCCAAAGACACCGGAGACAAAACGGCUGUCGGUCUGUUGUCUGUUGGAGCAAUCAUUAGAAAAUGGAAGAAGCUAAACACGACGGUCAACCUCAAUCGGAUUUGAGCCCCAUGCAAGGAAUCACCUCGUGGGGUCUCAGUGAUCCUUAGAAAGGUGAGGAAUCAGCCCAGGACUACGCGACAGGACUUGGUCAAAGGCCUGAAAAGAGCUGGGACCACCGUUUCCAAGGGGACUGUUGGUGAUACACUAAGACGUCGUGGUUUGAAAUCGCGCAUGGCACGGAAGGUUCCCUUGAUUAAACCAGAACAUGUCAGGGCCCGUCUUAAGUUUGCCAAUGACCGUUUGGAUGAUACAGAGAAGUCAAGGGAGAAGGUUUUGUGGUCAGAUGAGACCAAAAAUUGAACUUUUUGGUCAUAAUUCCACUAAAAUGAAUGAUGAGUUCAAUCCCAAGAACACCAUCCCUACUGUGAAGCAUGGGGGUGCUAUUCUGCACAUGGGACAGGACGACUGUACUGUAUUAAGGAGAGGAUGACGGCGGCCAUGUAUUGUGAGAUUUUGGGGAACAACCUCUUUCCCUAAGUCACAGCAUUGAAAAUGGGUCGUGGCUGGGUCAAUGACCCGAAGGACACAGCCGGGAAAACCAAGGAGUGGCUCCGUAAGAAGCAUAUCAAGGUCCAGUCUCCAGAUGUAAACCCAAUAGAAAAUAUUUGGAGGGAGCCGAAACUCCGUGUUUCUCAGCGACAGCCCAGAAACCUGUCUGAUCUGGAGAAGAUCUGUGUGGAGGAGUGGGCCAAAAAUCCCUCCUGGUGAACAACUACAGGAAAUCACACAAAUAACUCGUUCAAAAAAAUCCUACAUUGUGAUUUCUGGAUUUUUCUUUUUCGAUUAUCUCUCUCACAGUGGACACGCACCUAUGAUGAAAAUUUCAGACCCCUCAGUGAUUACUAAGUGGGAGAACUUGCAAUAUAGGAGGGUGUUCAAAUACUUAUUUUCUUCACUGUAUGUUCCUCAUAAUUCCAGUGAGGGCAGAGGAAAGUAUGAAAUAAUGCAAUCAGGGUGUAUACAUGUACUGUUAGUCUUUCAAUGCGUGUGCGUUUUACCUACUGCCUUGGUUUGAGUUUUUUCUACUUCAAUGUUUUCAAAGGGCAUAUCGAUGUUUUUACAGUUCCUCUCCCACUCGAGCUUCGUUCUACGUCGUCCUAUCGCGCGUUCGUUCGUUUGAAGCGACUACGUCACGUGUACCUGCCUUUUCCAUGUGCAAUAUGAGGUUUUUGCCUGAGUGAAAAUGUAAAUCCCCCUUGCCUCUCGUUAACUUAUUUCCUGAGGUCUGAGCUCCCUGCGGCUUUUGAGAUCAGGGUCCGCGAAGUGUCCUCUGUUUUAAUCGCCAAACGCCUCAGACGGUUCACAUCUUCAAAUUGAGUGUGUAAGUGUCAUUGUACGUUGCUUUUAGUCAGGUCUACUUGUGCCAAGUGACGAUUUUGGCCUCCUUCGCCAACCUUCGGAGUUAAAAAUGAAUUUACUGUGUAGUCUUUGUUCUCUAGUUGUAGAGAGUUGACAUGGGCUAUUGUUGAUAAAUGUUUUUGUAUUUCCGCUUGAUCAUCGCCAGCUUCGAAAUGUCCCUGGAAUUGUUUUCAGCCGAUCUUUAAUUCCCCACCACAAAGCGGCAGACCUCCGUCCGUCCGUCCAUUUCCUCCCGCUUAUCUGAAGUCAAGUCGUGAGGACGGCGGCUUAACUGGAGGGGCCCAGACUUUCCUUUCCCCGGCCAAUUCGUCCAGCUCCUCCGGGAAGAUCCUGAGGUGUUCCCCAGGCCACCCUAGGGACUUAGUCUGUCCGGCGUGUCCUGGGUCGUUCCCGGGCCCAGCUCCUGGUGGGACGUACCUGGAACACCUCAUCAGGCAGGUGACCAGGAGGCAUGCUAACCAGCUGCCUGAUCCACCUCAUCUGCCUCCCUCCGGCUAAACUGUGAGCCCCUCCCAGAUAUCGGAGCUUCUCACCCCAUCUUCUAAGGGAGAGGCCGGACAUAAUGUGGCGGAUACUCAAUUUGGUAUCUCGACUCUGUGAUUUUGUUGUUUCGGUCAUAACCCACAACCUGUGACCACAGGUGAGGGUUGGAACAUAUCAAGCGGUAUAUUGAGAGCUUUGCAAUUCAGCUCAGCUCCUUCUUCAACAUGACAGACCGAUACAGAGUCCGCAUCACUGCAGACACCGCACCAAUCCGCCUGCCGAUCUCUCGCUCCAUUCUUCCCUCACUCAUGAACAAGACUCGAGUUACUUGAACUCCUUCAGUAGGGCCGGGAUCUCUUCCUCAACCCGGAGAGGGCCCCACACCCUUUUCUGACUGAGGACCUUGGGUUCAGAUUUGGAGGAGGGGCUGAUUUCCGACCCAGCUGCUUCAGACUCAGCUGUACUGGUACUGAUGUCCCCAAAUUGGACAUCCUCAAUACCCCAGGUGUCCCUAGAAAUUAUGUCAAGAACGGUAAUGAAUAGAAUAUGUGAUAAAAGGGCAUCCUUGGCAAAGUGACCAAGUCCAACCCUCACAAGAAAUCAAUUUAACUUACUGCUGGCAAUUUGGACUACACUCUUAUACCAGUCAGACCAGGACCAAAUAGCCCGUACCAGGGAGUCCGGUACCCUAUAAUAAUGGAGCACCCUGAACAGGACUCCGCAAGGGACACAGUCGAACACCGUCUCCAAGUCCACAAAAUAGAUGUAGACUUGUUGGGCGAACUCUCAUCCACCCUCAUAGACCCUGCUGAGUCUAUAGAUCUGACACUAUCCCUGAUGUCCAUCAGAUGUUGCAGAGCCAUGUCAACUAGGACAGCCCCACAACAUCCAAAGCCUUUAGGAACUCUGGGCAGAUCUCUGGACCUCUAGGGCCCUGCCACCAAGGAGUUUUUUAACCACCUUGGGUAUCUCAGCCCUCGUGAUAGAAGAAUUCACCUCAGAGUCAGAAAACUCUGCAAUCAUGCUCCUGCAGGUCUUACUGUCAUUGCCCAUGUGAGCAUUGAAGUCCACCAGCAGAACGAGGGAGACCCCAGCGCGAGAACAAAAAAAAACAGUCAGGAACCAACCCCCGUCCCCCAACCUGAAGGCGGAGUGAGGCUACUCUCUCAUUUACUUUAGUAAUCCCCGACAUACAGGCACAGAAUCAAGAGCAACAUGUAUUCCUAGACCUGCUCGGUGCCUCUCACCGUGGGCAACUCCAGAGUAGGAGAGAGUCCAAACCAUCUCAAGAGGACUUGUAUCAGAGCCUAAGAUGUGAGCAGAAGUGGCUUCUGGCAUCUAACCCUGCCAGAGAGGUGAAAUUCCACGUCCCAAGAGCCAGGAUUUCUUGCCGGGGAUCGGACAGCCUCGACCCCCCCCCCCCCCCCCCAGACAAUCUUGGCCCCUCCCACAGGUGGUGAGCCCGAAACAAGGCAGCAGGACUGCAACCUGUGAAAAUGCCAUUGCAAUGGUCAUCUGUGGCUUAACGUGUUAAGUGGUUCAAAAAAUAUAUUAUUGCUGUAAAUAUUGUUUGAAGAAGGAAAUGUUGUAUGUCAUUAUUACAACAGGAUGUAUUUUCUAUGUUAUUAAAAUGCUUCUUUCAAGCCCCCCACCCCCCACCCCCCCAACCUCACAUUGAGAACUUUCAAGGGACAGGAUGAAAGAAAACUGUGUAAACGUGUAUUCUGGAUUUAUGAUCGCGCGGCACAAACAAUUGUGAAUUGAAUCCAAUUUCAUCUGACACUGUACAAAAGAUGCUUUGCAGGGGAAUAAAUAGUCAUUUAUUUUAUUGUUUUUGUUUCGUUGUCGGAGAGCUUGGGCUAUAUCUUGACUUAAAAUGAACAAUGAUGUAUUUGGGGGAAAAAAGACAAAGGGAUGACAAUUUUUUGUUUGGUUCAUUUGUGGAAUAAAUGUGAUGAAAGCUG